GAGUGAGUGAAUAACCCUGUAUGUACCUGACCGCUGUACACUGUUGUACAUCUACGUACAUAUAUACGCGAAUGUCUGACGGUGCAUUUUGUCAAAGUUUAUAGUGAUAGUGAAUAAACAUUGUAAAGGUUCAGUUUAUCAAUUAGCACACGUUUACAAGAAGUAAACACGUUGAAAAAAAUUAAAGGAACAUGCCUCAAUACACGGUUAAAGUUAAAUGGGGGAAGGCACUUUAUCCCGAUGUGGAAGUCAAUACGGACGAAGAACCCAUGCUGUUUAAAGCACAACUGUUUGCACUCACUGGAGUGCAACCAGAAAGACAGAAAGUCAUGUUAAAAGGAUUAACAUUGAAAGAUGACGAUUGGGGUAACAUCAAAUUAAAAGAUGGCAUUACUGUGUUAAUGAUGGGAUCCAGAGUGGAAGAUGUACCUAUGGAACCUAUAGAAAAGCCGGUGUUUGUAGAAGACAUGAAUGAGUCUGAAUUAGCAUCAGUUUUAGGAUUACCUGCUGGUUUAAAGAAUUUAGGAAAUACUUGUUAUCUUAAUGCAACUAUACAGUGCCUGAAAACUGUCCCCGAACUACGAGAUGCUUUAAAAAAUUAUUCAGGAGGACUCACACCCACUAAGAGUUAUGCACAUAAUAUAACAGCAGCUUUGAAAAAUCUAUACGAACGAAUGGACAAAGGAUCAUUUUACACACCUUUUUUCCUUGUGGAACUAAUGCAUUUAAGGUUUCCAAGAUUUGCUGAAAAAUCUGAUCAUGGAGAAUUUCAGCAACAGGAUGCUAACGAAUGUUGGACAGAACUUAUUAAAAUGUUACAGCAGCAAUUACCAGCAAAGGAAAAUUCUGCACCUGCAGAAGAUGAGGCACAAAGUUCCAAACCCAGAUCACUGAUCGAACAAUAUUUUGGAGGGACGUUUGAUACAGAAUUAAAAUGCGUAGAAUCCGAAGAUGAGCCACCUACUAAAGGAAAGGAGGAAUUUUUACAAUUAAGCUGUUUCAUUUCAACUGAAGUCAAGUACAUGCACUCGGGACUUAGGAAUAAAAUGCAAGAACAAAUUACAAAAAUGUCCCCAACGCUAGGUAGAGAUGCUGUAUAUACGAAAACGUCAAAAAUUAGUAGACUCCCGGCAUAUUUAACUAUCCAAUUUGUACGUUUUUAUUAUAAAGAGAAGGAAGCAAUAAAUGCAAAAAUUCUCAAGGAUGUUAAAUUUCCUCUCGAAUUCGAUGCCUUUGAAUUAUGCAGUAAUGAACUUCAAAGUAAGCUUACUCCUAUGCGUGAGAAAUUAAAAGAAUACGAAGACAAUUUACUGGAAGAAUCGCGCAAAGCGAAAGAUAAAAAGGACACAGAAAGUGAAAAGAAACCGAUGAAACCAGAAUCAUUCUGGUUUUCAAAUGAUUUAGGAUCAAAUAACAGUGGUAUUUAUGUACUACAAGCGGUUUUAACGCACGGUGGACGGUCAAGUAGUAGUGGUCACUAUGUAGCCUGGGUUCGUCAAUCGGCAGAUAGUUGGUUUAAAUGUGACGAUGAGAAUGUUAGCGCUGUAACGAAUGAAGAUAUACUAAAACUCAGUGGUGGAGGUGACUGGCAUUGUGCAUAUGUCCUUCUUUAUGGUCCAAAAAUAUUAGAAGUACCUGACACAGAUAGCAGUGAGGAUACAGCCGCUAAGUAAUUUUUGUGUAACGAGAAAACUGAAAUGACUGUAAUAAGAUUUCCUUCCUGUAUGUAUCAGAGGAAUGCAUUUAAAAGUUUUGAAAAUUCCCAGCGUUAUUGUACCUCUAUACCAGGCCACACCUUCCCAUUUUCUACUUAGUUCCAGGUACAGGCUUAUUGAAAACACCGCUGAUGUCCAAAGAAUUCGUGUCGUUUCUUUGUCACCUUUCUGUUGUCCUUCUUGGAAGGAAAUUUUAAAGGGCGCAUUUCUUUUCGCGAAAAUACAAAAGAUUAACCGGGUACAUUGUCGACUCACUGUUAUUAAGGAAUUUUGACGACAACGUAAUGGAGAAUUGUUUUGCAUCAUACCUAAUUAAUUAGUAUUUUUCAAUUUGCCAAAAUAUUGUAUGAUAUACAUUACAUAUUGUUUAAAUACAUAA